AUGAAAGAGAAGAGCUUGGAACAAGCCAAGAAAAUUGAGGAGCUACAGGCUCGGUUGGACACGGAGAUUGCAGCGGCGAAAUCUGAGGCUGAGACAGUUAAGGCCGAUGCUGAGGCGAUCGUGGCUGUCUACCGACCUGACGCCGAGGCCGCUCAAGCUCGAGCAAAAGAAGUUUCUGACGCUGCUCAGGCUCGAGCAUACUGGGUUGCCGAGCAUGCCAAAUGCCAGUCUCGAAGAGAGACUCUUGAGGAGAUUCAUGCUCGUGGCUUUAACCUUGCUGUCGAGAUCAAGAAUGCGAAAGAGCUUGAGGCUGAAGCCAAAGCGUUGCUCUCUUCUGAUGAUGAUGAUUUUGGGAGUGUAAGUGGAUCUGAGAGCGGAGGAGAUCCAGAUGGCGAUGAUGUAGCUCCCGAGGAAAAUUAG